UUCAUUACAUCUGUUUCUAAUGCUAACUGUGUCAGUUAGCAAUGGGGCCUCUAAAUCUAAUAUUAAUUUUAACCUGGAUAAGUGGCAUCUAUUCUUUUGGAAAUACUGAUAAUAGGAAUGAUUAUAUUGAACAUGAUGCUGUUGUGAUAACAGCUUGUGACUUCAAUGACAACAAAUUGCCCUUCUGUAAUUUUCAACAAGACAGCAAAGAUGAGAGUGAAUGGAUUCGCCAUAAGGGUCCCACACCCACACCUGACACUGGACCUAGUGGGGACUAUCCCGAUGGAAAUGGUUAUUACAUAUACCAUGAAGCCGAUAAUGUCAGUAAUGGACAGAAAGCACGCUUGCUCAGUCCUGUGUUCAGCCCCACACAAGCUCACAUUUGUGUUCAGUUUCGGUACUACAUGUAUGGUGCAGAUAACAGCAAUACUUUGACACUGCUGGAAAAGCAUUCUGGUGCAGAAGAAGUGCUAUGGCAGAAAACUGGGGUACAGAGUCCAUCAUGGCUUGGAGCAGCUGUUACUGUGUCCAGACCAGCAGGGCAGUCUAUUGAAAUUGUAUUUGAAGCAAAGCGUGGGUUCUCUUCAUCAUGUGAUACAGCCUUGGAUAACAUUAACAUCACAGAGGGAGCUUGUCCUGGGUGUAUAUCUCAGUGUGACUUUGAUGCAACUGAUGACCUCUGUGGAUGGACAACCGAGGUCUCAGAUCCAGACCUGUUCGGUUGGAUUUUUUGGAAUGGACAAACUGAUACACCUGGUACAGGUCCCAAUGAUGAUUUCUCCAAACCAGGCUUGGGAUCAUAUCUCUUGAUGGACUCCUUUGAUAGUAUCCCGGGAGCCUCAGCUCAACUGUGGAGUCCAUCCAUACCAGUGCCAUCUUCAAACUGCCUGCAGCUGAACUUCCAUUAUUAUAUGUAUGGCACUGCUGCAGACAUGGAACUUAAUGUCCAUGUUGUCAUCAGUGGAGGAGCUCUAGGGUAUCCUGUUUUUAGCAUCAAGGGAAACCAAGGACAAGGUUGGAAACCAGCAGUGGUCAAAUUCAUCACUACAAAAGAUAUACAGUUUGUAAUUGCUGGUGUGUAUGGAAGUACAGUGGAGACAGAUAUUGCAAUAGACAGUCUGUGCAUCACAACCUGUGAUGCUCUAAUAUCGACAACAACAAAGCCAACGACACCUGUUUCGUCUCCAAAACCUCCAACCCCACAGCCAUCCACACCCAAACCAACAACCACAAAACCCACUACACCUCAGCCGUCAACCCCACAGACAUCCACGCCUAAACCUACAACUACAAAACCAACUUCUCCUUCACCACCAACACCACCACCAGUGAAGUGUCCUCCUGAUGCUGAGUACAUAGAGUGUGGUCCACCUUGCAUUCCUAGCUGUCAAGAACCCUCUACCAACUGCACUGGCUCCUGUAUCAGUGGCUGCUUCUGCAAACCAGGUUUUGUGUUUCGGGGAAAACGCUGUGUUCGCAUUGAGACUUGUGGAUGUCUGGAUGAAGACAAUAAUUACUACGAGCCAGGAGAGAUUGUCUUUGGGAAUGGCUGCUCCCAACUGUGUCGCUGUGCAGGCAAUUAUACAUUGAACUGUGUGGACAACAGCUGUGACCCCACAGAAGAAUGUCGGGAAGUGGGAGGAAUCCAUGGCUGCUACCCUAAAGACACCUCGACUUGUAUCGCCUCAGGUGACCCACACUACACCACCUUUGAUAAGAAAUACUAUGACUUCAUGGGCAACUGCACUUACUUAAUGUCGGAGCCAUGUAACAGCACAGACGUACCUCACUUCGCUGUCUAUGUCGAUAAUGAGAAUCGCUACAACAUUCCCACGAUCAGUUAUGUGAGUGCUGUCCAUGUCCAUGUUCUGGGAGUGAAGGUGUCCAUCCUGAAAGGAGGAGAUGUACAGGUGAACGGAACCAAAGUAAACAUACCACUGAGCCCUGUUGCUGGAGUGGACAUUUUCAAACAGGGGACACUCUACACAGUGUCCAUGAACUUUGGUGUGACAGUUCGCUACGAUGGAAACCACUACAUGGACAUCAAAGUUAUCAAAGACUAUAAGGACAAGCUUUGUGGCCUGUGUGGAGACUACAAUGGCAACAUUAAUGAUGACUUCCGUACCCCCACUGGUGAACUGGUCAAAAGUCCAGCUGAGUUUGGCAACAGCUGGAACACAGACCCAGACUGCAAUAAAACCCCAGUUGACCCAAAUCCAGGCUGCACAGACACAGAACAGGACCUUUAUGAGAGUCCCGCUUAUUGCGGAAUCAUAUUGGACAGCAAAGGGCCAUUUGCCGUUUGUCACCCAAAAGUCAAUCCUAACAGCUUCUUCCAAAACUGUGUGUUUGACCUGUGCGCGUUGGGUGGCCCCCAAUCCGCAUUGUGUGAAGCCAUUGAAGCUUAUGUAAACGAGUGUCAGGACCGUGGUGUCAACAUCGGACCAUGGAGGAACAGUACCUUCUGCCCUCUUAUAUGCCCACCCAACAGCCACUACACACCCUGCGUGUCUCCAUGCCAGCCCUCCUGUAACCCUCCUCCACCCAGCCAGUGUACUGGACCCUGUUCUGAGGGGUGUGAGUGUGACUCUGGAUAUGUACUCAGUGGUGACAAGUGUGUGAAGGAAGGCACAUGCGGCUGCCUGUAUAAUGGACAAUAUUACCAGCCAGGAGACAAGUUCUACACUAAGGACUGUGAGCUGCUGUGCAAAUGUGAUUCUCCAUUCGUCACCUGCAGUGCCACUGAAUGCCCUCCCAUGCAGCAGUGUGGCGUGCAGGGAGGGGAAAUAGGAUGCUACCCAGUUGACUCACAGGACUGCAUUAUAUCUGGUGAUCCCCAUUAUAACACCUUUGAUGGUAAAUUCUACACCUUCAUGGGCACCUGCACUUACACCCUGGCCCGCAGCUGCAGAAACAACACUGGUCCCUGGUUCUCUGUGGAGGGUAAAAAUGAAGAGAGAGGGAUCACUGGUGUAUCCUAUCUCAAGAAGUUGUAUGUGACUGUCAGCGGUAUCACUGUAACAAUGAUGAAGAGCAGAACCACUCUGGUGAACGGUCGUAAAGUAGCUCUACCCAACUCUCCGUCUCCUCUAAUCACUUUAACUUCAGCUGGGCAGUAUGUUAUCCUCAGUACUCCUUUUGGUCUGGAGGUGAGCUGGGAUGGCAACCACUACGCUAAGAUCACUGUGCCCAGUACUUACUAUGAUCAGAUGUGUGGUUUGUGUGGAGACUACAAUGGAAACCCCAACAACGAUUUUACUAAGCCAGACGGUUCCCUGGCUGGAAGCUCAGAUCAGUUCGGCAACAGCUGGCAAACUGAUAAAGAUGAAGAUGAAACGUGCAAGCCUGAUGUCACACCUGACCCACCGUGUGACCCAAGUUUUGAGGCUGAAGUGUCUAAACCAGAGAAAUGUGGAAAAAUCACUGACACUGCAGGUCCAUUCAGGGAUUGUAUAAAGGUGGUGGACCCUCUGCCAUUCUUCCAGAGCUGUGUGUUUGAUAUGUGCCGCUAUGAUGGACUGCUGCAGACUCUGUGUGACCAGCUACAGGCUUAUACUGAUGCCUGUCUCAGUGCAGGAGCUCCAGUGCAUCAGUGGAGACAGCCAGACUUCUGCCCUCUGGUUUGUCCACCUAACAGCCACUACUCUAUGUGUGUGAGUUCAUGUCCAGAGACAUGUGUGGGUGUGAGCGGCCCACCUGGCUGUGGAGAGAAGUGUGUUGAAGGCUGCAAGUGUGAUCCUGGCUUUGUCCUGAGCGACAACAAGUGUGUCCCUCUAAAAGACUGUGGCUGUGUGGAUCCUGAAGGCUACUACCACCCUGUGAAUGAGAGCUGGUAUCUGGAAGGCUGUGAACACAAAUGUGUGUGUCUAAGUGGAAGAACCAUUCUAUGCUACAAUACCAGUUGUUUACCUACAGAGACCUGUCAACUGCUGGAUGGAGAGUACGUCUGUAAACCUAAUGAUGGACACACAACAAAACCUCCAACCCCACAGCCAUCCACACCCAAACCAACAACCACAAAACCCACUACACCUCAGCCGUCAACCCCACAGACAUCCACGCCUAAACCUACAACUACAAAACCAACUCCUCCUUCACCACCAACACCACCACCAGUGAAGUGUCCUCCUGAUGCUGAGUACAUAGAGUGUGGUCCACCCUGCAUUCCUAGCUGUCAAGAACCCUCUACCAACUGCACUGGCUCCUGUAUCAGUGGCUGCUUCUGCAAACCAGGUUUUGUCUUUCGGGGAAAACGCUGUGUUCGCAUUGAGACUUGUGGAUGUCUGGAUGAAGACAAUAAUUACUACGAGCCAGGAGAGAUUGUCUUUGGGAAUGGCUGCUCCCAACUGUGUCGCUGUGCAGGCAAUUAUACAUUGAACUGUGUGGACAACAGCUGUGACCCCACAGAAGAAUGUCGGGAAGUGGGAGGAAUCCAUGGCUGCUACCCUAAAGACACCUCGACUUGUAUCGCCUCAGGUGACCCACACUACACCACCUUUGAUAAGAAAUACUAUGACUUCAUGGGCAACUGCACUUACUUAAUGUCGGAGCCAUGUAACAGCACAGACGUACCUCACUUCGCUGUCUAUGUCGAUAAUGAGAAUCGCUACAACAUUCCCACGAUCAGUUAUGUGAGUGCUGUCCAUGUCCAUGUUCUGGGAGUGAAGGUGUCCAUCCUGAAAGGAGGAGAUGUACAGGUGAACGGAACCAAAGUAAACAUACCACUGAGCCCUGUUGCUGGAGUGGACAUUUUCAAACAGGGGACACUCUACACAGUGUCCAUGAACUUUGGUGUGACAGUUCGCUACGAUGGAAACCACUACAUGGACAUCAAAGUUAUCAAAGACUAUAAGGACAAGCUUUGUGGCCUGUGUGGAGACUACAAUGGCAACAUUAAUGAUGACUUCCGUACCCCCACUGGUGAACUGGUCAAAAGUCCAGCUGAGUUUGGCAACAGCUGGAACACAGACCCAGACUGCAAUAAAACCCCAGUUGACCCAAAUCCAGGCUGCACAGACACAGAACAGGACCUUUAUGAGAGUCCCGCUUAUUGCGGAAUCAUAUUGGACAGCAAAGGGCCAUUUGCCGUUUGUCACCCAAAAGUCAAUCCUAACAGCUUCUUCCAAAACUGUGUGUUUGACCUGUGCGCGUUGGGUGGCCCCCAAUCCGCAUUGUGUGAAGCCAUUGAAGCUUAUGUAAACGAGUGUCAGGACCGUGGUGUCAACAUCGGACCAUGGAGGAACAGUACCUUCUGCCCUCUUAUAUGCCCACCCAACAGCCACUACAAACCCUGCGUGUCUCCAUGCCAGCCCUCCUGUAACCCUCCUCCACCCAGCCAGUGUACUGGACCCUGUUCUGAGGGGUGUGAGUGUGACUCUGGAUAUGUACUCAGUGGUGACAAGUGUGUGAAGGAAGGCACAUGCGGCUGCCUGUAUAAUGGACAAUAUUACCAGCCAGGAGACAAGUUCUACACUAAGGACUGUGAGCUGCUGUGCAAAUGUGAUUCUCCAUUCGUCAACUGCAGUGCCGCUGUAUGCCCUCCCAUGCAGCAGUGUGGCGUGCAGGGAGGGGAAAUAGGAUGCUACCCAAUUGACUCACAGGACUGCAUUAUAUCUGGUGAUCCCCAUUAUAACACCUUUGAUGGUAAAUUCUACACCUUCAUGGGCACCUGCACUUACACCCUGGCCCGCAGCUGCAGAAACAACACUGGUCCCUGGUUCUCUGUGGAGGGUAAAAAUGAAGAGAGAGGGAUCACUGGUGUAUCCUAUCUCAAGAAGUUGUAUGUGACUGUCAGCGGUAUCACUGUAACAAUGAUGAAGAGCAGAACCACUCUGGUGAACGGUCGUAAAGUAGCUCUACCCAACUCUCCGUCUCCUCUAAUGACUUUAACUUCAGCUGGGCAGUAUGUUAUCCUCAGUACUCCUUUUGGUCUGGAGGUGAGCUGGGAUGGCAACCACUACGCUAAGAUCACUGUGCCCAGUACUUACUAUGAUCAGAUGUGUGGUUUGUGUGGAGACUACAAUGGAAACCCCAACAACGAUUUUACUAAGCCAGACGGUUCCCUGGCUGGCAGCUCAGAUCAGUUCGGCAACAGCUGGCAAACUGAUAAAGAUGAAGAUGAAACGUGCAAGCCUGAUGUCACACCUGACCCACCGUGUGACCCAAGUUUUGAGGCUGAAGUGUCUAAACCAGAGAAAUGUGGAAAAAUCACUGACACUGCAGGUCCAUUCAGGGAUUGUAUAAAGGUGGUGGACCCUCUGCCAUUCUUCCAGAGCUGUGUGUUUGAUAUGUGCCGCUAUGAUGGACUGCUGCAGACUCUGUGUGACCAGCUACAGGCUUAUACUGAUGCCUGUCUCAGUGCAGGAGCUCCAGUGCAUCAGUGGAGGCAGCCAGACUUCUGCCCUCUGGUUUGUCCACCUAACAGCCACUACUCUAUGUGUGUGAGUUCAUGUCCAGAGACAUGUGUGGGUGUGAGCGGCCCACCUGGCUGUGGAGAGAAGUGUGUUGAAGGCUGCAAGUGUGAUCCUGGCUUUGUCCUGAGCGACAACAAGUGUGUCCCUCUAAAAGACUGUGGCUGUGUGGAUCCUGAAGGCUACUACCACCCUGUGAAUGAGAGCUGGUAUCUGGAGGGCUGUGAACACAAAUGUGUGUGUCUAAGUGGAAGAACCAUUCUAUGCUACAAUACCAGUUGUUUACCUACAGAGACCUGUCAACUGCUGGAUGGAGAGUACGUCUGUAAACCUAAUGAUGGACACACAACAAAACCUCCAACCCCACAGCCAUCCACACCCAAACCAACAACCACAAAACCCACUACACCUCAGCCAUCAACCCCACAGACAUCCACGCCUAAACCUACAACUACAAAACCAACUUCUCCUUCACCACCAACAACACCACCAGUGAAGUGUCCUCCUGAUGCUGAGUACAUAGAGUGUGGUCCACCCUGCAUUCCUAGCUGUCAAGAACCCUCUACCAACUGCACUGGCUCCUGUAUCAGUGGCUGCUUCUGCAAACCAGGUUUUGUCUUUCGGGGAAAACGCUGUGUUCGCAUUGAGACUUGUGGAUGUCUGGAUGAAGACAAUAAUUACUACGAGCCAGGAGAGAUUGUCUUUGGGAAUGGCUGCUCCCAACUGUGUCGCUGUGCAGGCAAUUAUACAUUGAACUGUGUGGACAACAGCUGUGACCCCACAGAAGAAUGUCGGGAAGUGGGAGGAAUCCAUGGCUGCUACCCUAAAGACACCUCGACUUGUAUCGCCUCAGGUGACCCACACUACACCACCUUUGAUAAGAAAUACUAUGACUUCAUGGGCAACUGCACUUACUUAAUGUCGGAGCCAUGUAACAGCACAGACGUACCUCACUUCGCUGUCUAUGUCGAUAAUGAGAAUCGCUACAACAUUCCCACGAUCAGUUAUGUGAGUGCUGUCCAUGUCCAUGUUCUGGGAGUGAAGGUGUCCAUCCUGAAAGGAGGAGAUGUACAGGUGAACGGAACCAAAGUAAACAUACCACUGAGCCCUGUUGCUGGAGUGGACAUUUUCAAACAGGGGACACUCUACACAGUGUCCAUGAACUUUGGUGUGACAGUUCGCUACGAUGGAAACCACUACAUGGACAUCAAAGUUAUCAAAGACUAUAAGGACAAGCUUUGUGGCCUGUGUGGAGACUACAAUGGCAACAUUAAUGAUGACUUCCGUACCCCCACUGGUGAACUGGUCAAAAGUCCAGCUGAGUUUGGCAACAGCUGGAACACAGACCCAGACUGCAAUAAAACCCCAGUUGACCCAAAUCCAGGCUGCACAGACACAGAACAGGACCUUUAUGAGAGUCCCGCUUAUUGCGGAAUCAUAUUGGACAGCAAAGGGCCAUUUGCCGUUUGUCACCCAAAAGUCAAUCCUAACAGCUUCUUCCAAAACUGUGUGUUUGACCUGUGCGCGUUGGGUGGCCCCCAAUCCGCAUUGUGUGAAGCCAUUGAAGCUUAUGUAAACGAGUGUCAGGACCGUGGUGUCAACAUCGGACCAUGGAGGAACAGUACUUUCUGCCCUCUUAUAUGCCCACCCAACAGCCACUACAAACCCUGCGUGUCUCCAUGCCAGCCCUCCUGUAACCCUCCUCCACCCAGCCAGUGUACUGGACCCUGUUCUGAGGGGUGUGAGUGUGACUCUGGAUAUGUACUCAGUGGUGACAAGUGUGUGAAGGAAGGCACAUGCGGCUGCCUGUAUAAUGGACAAUAUUACCAGCCAGGAGAAAAGUUCUACACUAAGGACUGUGAGCUGCUGUGCAAAUGUGAUUCUCCAUUCGUCAACUGCAGUGCCGCUGAAUGCCCUCCCAUGCAGCAGUGUGGCGUGCAGGGAGGGGAAAUAGGAUGCUACCCAGUUGACUCACAGGACUGCAUUAUAUCUGGUGAUCCCCAUUAUAACACCUUUGAUGGUAAAUUCUACACCUUCAUGGGCACCUGCACUUACACCCUGGCCCGCAGCUGCAGAAACAACACUGGUCCCUGGUUCUCUGUGGAGGGUAAAAAUGAAGAGAGAGGGAUCACUGGUGUAUCCUAUCUCAAGAAGUUGUAUGUGACUGUCAGCGGUAUCACUGUAACAAUGAUGAAGAGCAGAACCACUCUGGUGAACGGUCGUAAAGUAGCUCUACCCAACGCUCCGUCUCCUCUAAUCACUUUAACUUCAGCUGGGCAGUAUGUUAUCCUCAGUACUCCUUUUGGUCUGGAGGUGAGCUGGGAUGGCAACCACUACGCUAAGAUCACUGUGCCCAGUACUUACUAUGAUCAGAUGUGUGGUUUGUGUGGAGACUACAAUGGAAACCCCAACAACGAUUUUACUAAGCCAGACGGUUCCCUGGCUGGAAGCUCAGAUCAGUUCGGCAACAGCUGGCAAACUGAUAAAGAUGAAGAUGAAACGUGCAAGCCUGAUGUCACACCUGACCCACCGUGUGACCCAAGUUUUGAGGCUGAAGUGUCUAAACCAGAGAAAUGUGGAAAAAUCACUGACACUGCAGGUCCAUUCAGGGAUUGUAUAAAGGUGGUGGACCCUCUGCCAUUCUUCCAGAGCUGUGUGUUUGAUAUGUGCCGCUAUGAUGGACUGCUGCAGACUCUGUGUGACCAGCUACAGGCUUAUACUGAUGCCUGUCUCAGUGCAGGAGCUCCAGUGCAUCAGUGGAGGCAGCCAGACUUCUGCCCUCUGGUUUGUCCGCCUAACAGCCACUACUCUAUGUGUGUGAGUUCAUGUCCAGAGACAUGUGUGGGUGUGAGCGGCCCACCUGGCUGUGGAGAGAAGUGUGUUGAAGGCUGCAAGUGUGAUCCUGGCUUUGUCCUGAGCGACAACAAGUGUGUCCCUCUAAAAGACUGUGGCUGUGUGGAUCCUGAAGGCUACUACCACCCUGUGAAUGAGAGCUGGUAUCUGGAAGGCUGUGAACACAAAUGUGUGUGUCAAAGUGGAAGAAUCAUUCAUUGUUACAGCACAAGUUGUUUACCUACAGAGAUCUGUCAACUACUGGAUGGAGAGUACAUCUGUAAACCAAAGGAUCCUACGGGUCCAGGAAUCUGCUCUGUGUCUGGGGACCCCCACUACACCUCUUUUGAUAAAAGGGUCCAUCAUUUCAUGGGCUCCUGCUCAUAUACCCUCACCAAGCCCUGUAAUGAAACCUCAGGGUUACCCUACUUUACUGUUGACACUCAAAAUGAACAUAGGAGCAAUAACAAGAAAGUGUCUUAUGUGAAAUCAGUCAUUAUCAAUGUGUAUGGAAUUAAGAUUAUUUUGGACAAAGGCCAUAAAGUCCAGGUAAAUGGAGUUCGGGUGACUGUGCCCAUCACUAUGCCAAAUGGUGUAAAGAUCUUCCUAAGUGGGAAGUUUGUGGUGCUGCAGACAAACUUUGGCCUGCGUGUUCGCUUUGAUGGCAAUCACCAUGCCGAUGUCAGUCUUCCCUCCUCUUACAAAGGCUUGUUGUGUGGAAUGUGUGGAAAUUACAAUGACAACCCAACAGAUGACAACAUUAUGUCAGAUGGCAAGCCUACAAGCAACACUAAUGAGCUUGGAGAGAGCUGGCAGGUGCCAGAUGAUAGACCAGAUUGUAUUCAUGAUGGUGGAGAUAUUGAAUGUAAUAAAGAUAUUGAGAGUGAAGCUAAGAAACCAACCAGCUGUGGAAUGAUCACUGAUCCUGAUGGAAUCUUCAAAGCAUGCCAUGAAGUUGUGCCACCUAACCCAUACUUUGAGAACUGCGUGUUUGACCAGUGUGGCACGGGUGGAUCUACUGUGGCUCUCUGCCAGGCUAUUGAGAGCUAUGCUGACCUCUGUGCCCAAGCUGGUGUGCCAGUUGACUGGAGGAACAAUACUUUCUGUCCCAUGAAAUGUCCUGUUGGCAGUCACUAUGAGCACUGUGCUACUGCAUGCCCCCCCAGCUGUCAGGAUCCUGGUUCAGCCAGCACAUGCAUACAACCAUGUGUUGAAGGAUGUGUUUGCAAUGAAGGAUUGAUAUUGAGCGGAGACAAAUGUGUGCCCUUCAGUCAGUGUGGAUGUACCGAUAAGAACAGCAACUACAGACCGGUGGGCGAAAGUUGGUUUACUAAGGAUGACUGCUCUGAACGCUGCAUGUGUUAUCCUUCGAACAAUGUGACAUGUGAAGCAUGGAAGUGUAGCCCUGCACAGGAGUGUAAAGUCCACGAAGGCCAGCUGGGCUGUGUGGAUACAGGAGUGGGUAUUUGCCACAUCGCUGGUGAUCCUCAUUACUACACCUUUGAUGGAAUCAUGUACACCUACAUGGGCACAUGUACCUAUACUUUGGUGGAAGUUUGCAACAGCUCCAUGGUGACUCCAUUUACCAUUGUGGCCAAAAAUGAAGAGCGUGGCCAGCCUGAAGCCUCAUACAUUCGUUCUGUCACUAUCUACCUUCCAGGAGCCAACAUCACACUAAGCAAGAGCAAGAGAGUGCUGCUGGAUGGCCAAAAAAUCCGUACCCCCAUGGACAUUGCUUUAGCCAAGGCCAGAGUGUUCACUAGUGGAGUCAACAGCGUUCUAUCCACGGACUUUGGCCUCAUUGUCCAGUUUGAUGGCAUUCACCAUGUGGAGAUUACUGUACCUGGAGACUACUUCGACAAGGUAUGUGGCAUGUGUGGUAACUACAAUGGUAAUUUCACUGAUGAUGACUUGAUGCCAAAUGGCCAGCCAGCUAAAGAUGUCAUAGAGUUGGGCAAUAGCUGGAAAGCAGAGGGAGACAGCGAUCCCGGAUGCCAGCCAGACACACGGCCCGAUGUCCACCCAAACUGCACAGAGACAGAAGAGGAAGUCAUCCGCAAUCAGUGUACAAGCAUUAUCAUGUCAGACAAGUUUAAACCUUGCCACUCUCUCAUCCCUCCUAAGCCCUUCAUAGAGAACUGCAUCUAUGACAUGUGCGAGUAUGAUGGCAUGGAGUCAACACUGUGCGAUAAUGUGGCUGCAUAUGCCCAGGCCUGUCAGAGCGCUGGUGUCACCAUCAGCUGGAGGAACAACACCUUCUGUCCUCUUCCAUGCCCCCCAAACAGCCACUAUUCAGACUGCACACCACCUUGCCCUCCUACCUGUGCAGACCUUUUUCCCAUUUUCUGCCCCCUGCCACCAAAUAGCUGCGUGGAAGGCUGCCAGUGUAAUGCAGGCUUUGUGCUGAGUGAUGGAAAGUGUGUACAAUUGUCCAACUGUGGAUGUGUGGACAGCAAAGGAGAAUAUCAUGAUGUUGGGGAUUCAUGGCUGACAGAACAUUGUGACCAGAAGUGCACAUGUAGUCAGGGAGGAGUACUGAGCUGCAAAGACUUUCAGUGCAGUUCCAGUUCUGUUUGUGCCUUGAACAAUAACGGUGAACGCUACUGCAAACCCGAGAGUUUUGACAAGUGCAUCAUUUCUGGGGAUCCACACUACCGCACCUUUGACAAAUUCAACCACCACUACCAGGGCCCGUAUACGUAUGUGUUAACCAAAGAUCAUAAUCUACCCACCUUCCUCACUCCUCUUACCGUAACGGGUAAGAACGCCCGAAGAGGUGGCAUCAGCCGUGUCUCCUACCUGCUGGAGGUUUAUGUGGAAGUGUAUGGUGUCAGUGUUCGUAUGCUCCAAAAGAAGGGGCUGUUGGUUAAUGGUGAGCGUGUGUCCCCUCCAUUGAGUCCUAACCAGGGUAUCAAGAUCUCCUUGAACUCCCGCUACCUACAGCUCACAACUGACUUUGGACUUACCGUGCGCUUUGAUGGCAACAUGCAAGGAGAGGUGAUUUUGCCGAGUACCUACAAGACGCAUGUACUCGGCCUUUGUGGAAACUAUGACGGUCGCACUAAUAAUGAGUAUGUGAAGCCUGAUGGCAGCAUCACCCGCAACCUAAAUGAGUUUGGAGAUAGCUGGAGAGUGAGUGACAAGCAAGGAGAGGAUUAUCAUCCUUCGGACCUGCCCCAGCUCAACCGUUUGCAUAAGAGAGAGAUUGAAGGAGAUUUAGACUCAGGCUUUGAGACACUCGGAUGCACUGAAGCUCAGCUGGAGGAGCUGAAUGGGAAGAAUCAUUGUGGAGCAUUAACUGACCCUUCAGGACCGUUUGCUCCCUGCCACAGCACCAUUGAUCCUAAUCCGUUCCAGGAAGACUGUGUGUUCGACUUGUGUGCAGAGCAGAGUAAUUCCACACUGCGUUGUGAAAGCUAUGCUGUUUAUGCCCUGACUUGUCAGGAGCAGGGAAUUAUCUUAGGGCCUUGGAGAACACAACUGGAGUGUGGUCUGUCAUGUGGUGCCAACAGUAGCUACGCAUCCUGUAUGACUCUAUGUCCAGCAUCAUGUGCUGACUUAGCAGCACCUUCUGAAUGUGAGCAAACUUCGUGCUUGGAGGGAUGUCAGUGUAAUCCUGGAUUUACCAUGAGUGGCAACGAGUGUGUUCCUUACAAUGAGUGUGGAUGCAGCUUUUUGGGCCGCUACUACACUCUGAUGGACACAUUUGUGACUGAGGACUGUGCUCAAAGCUGUGAAUGUACACCCACUGGUGCUGUGUGUCAGCCCAAAGGAUGCAAAGACAACGAAGUCUGUACCAUCUCCAACACUUUACGUGAUUGCUACACCCUGAACCCAUGCACAAGCUCACCUUGCUUGAACGGUGGCACUUGUGUUGAAGGAACAGACAUCAGCUACACCUGCUUAUGUCCAAAAGGUUUUACAGGGAAUAACUGUGAGGAAAAAGUAGCCCUAGAUCAGACAAGAAUUAUUCUGAUUGGAGUCUUGGUACCACUUGCAGUAAUCAUCAUUGUCAUAAUAUCUGUGUUUGUCUGCAAGAAAAACAGGCACAGAAAAUUAAGUUAUGACACCAGUAGCAGUAGCAGUAUACCAUUGGGGAAUAAAGAUCUUCCCUAUGAAAAUUUGGAUAAGAGCAGAAGGAGUGUGGACAGCACAGUGAUGAAAUCGUCCUCGUUCUGAAUCAUCCAAGUGUUUUAAUUUCUAUGAUUUCAUUUUGUAUUUAUUAAAAUGUGACUUCUGGAGGAAUUACCAGGUGAACAGGAAUUAUUCAAUUUCAAUGAAUAUAUUUUAUAAUCAUCAUUCAUAACUUAUUUGUAAACCUUACUGUAAUUGUUGGUAUAAAAUGUAAUACUCUACUGACUUAAUGAAAUAAUACAUUUUUAAACCUUG